AUGGGGAGAAUCUUUGAUUCCUGUCCCACAAGGGUCCAGGUUGAAAAUUACAUUGGUUGUGUCCCUCUCCAAAACCAACCAAGCUUUGCUGAGGUCUCUGUAACUGAAGUUGUGCAGAAAAGUUUUUUCACUUCAAAAGCUGCUGGAUUGCAGCUUUCUGUACCAUCUUUUAAUAACUUGAUCGGGUUUCAACAACCCCUAGGAGUUUACUCCAAUAUCAGAAACCAGUCGACUAGUAUCACCAUGCCAAACCCAAUGAUGCUUGCUAGAAACGUUAACAAUUUUCCUGUUACUCAUCAUUAUCCUCACAACUUCUCACCAAAUUCAUUCCCCCUUAAUUAUCCAAAUAGUAGGGACCUUUUCGAGAUGAAAAAUGAACUUUUGUUUGCUCAAUCAUUGAGCAACGGUGCAUUUGGUAACAACAACAACAUUCUUAAUGAUCAAUCACUGAAGAUCUUGCCAACUUUAUCGCGCAUGAGUACAAACACUAUGGAAAAUUGUUCCCAACAAACAAGAGUUCCGAACAACCCAAAUGGAGAUCAUCAUCAAUCUGAAAGUGAUGAUGAUGAGAGUUAUGAUGGGGUGACUCACAGCCUCCCUUGCAACAAAAACGGUCCAUACACAUGCCCUAAGUGUAUGGAAGGGUUCAGUACAUCGCUGCUUUUUGCGACUCAUGUUUUAAGAGCUCAUUAUAAAUAUGAAACUAGUGAGGAGAGGCAAAAGAGAAAGGCUGCAAAGAAUAGGAACAAGAAGCCUCGCAAACUUCACAUUGUUAACACUCCUAAUGGACUUACUAUCGCGCCAAAGAAAUUCAAGGCGACAUGGAUGAACCAUUUUGAUGUCAGGACCCUGAUGGUGGUGGUCAAGCUCUUGAGUACUACUGGUGUGAAGAUUAAAGAAAGAGAUUAUCAACUCAGAUAA